AUGUCAACAUCAACUUCGACCAACCCAAACACUCUCUUGCCACUGGAAUUAAUCGACAAGUGCAUCGGUUCAAAGAUCUGGGUGAUCAUGAAGAAUGAUAAGGAAAUCGUUGGCACACUCACUGGAUUCGAUGAUUACGUGAAUAUGGUAUUGGAGGAUGUCGUCGAAUACGAGAAUACAGCCGAAGGAAAGAGAAUGACGAAAUUGGAUACUAUUCUACUCAAUGGAAAUCAUAUCACAAUGCUCGUACCGGGAGGAGAGGGACCAGAAAUCUAA